GUGUGUGCGAGAGUGUGUGUGGUUGUAGCCUGUAUGUGUGUAAGCUGCCUCCUCUCGUGUUGAUGACGACUGACUGCCACCGAGUCUGACGGCGAACAAACGGGAUUUUUUUAAAUAAUCAAAAACGCCCUCAUCCGAAACUGUUUACUUUCUGAAGUGGGUGACCUCUCCUGUCCGAGCAACCACCGCCGGGUCGGUCCGACACGAUGAGCCAGCCUCGGCCGGACGAGUUCAAGCCUCCUCCGGAGUGCCCGGUCUUCGAGCCCAGCUGGGAAGAAUUCAAAGAUCCGUAUGCCUUCAUCAAUAAGAUCCGUCCCAUCGCUGAGAAAACUGGCAUCUGCAAAGUCCGACCGCCUCCGGUGAGUGCGAGAAAGCCGUUAAAAACGUUACGCGGAUGCUGAACGGUUGAGACGGCGGUUAGAUGGACCGAGCGCUCGGGAUUUAAAGGGACUGUUCAACAUGGCGGAGACUCGGCUGUGUUCAUUCUUUGUGCUGCCACUGCUUAGCUACCCCUUCUUCUGUCAUUAUACCUAUCGUAGCCGUGCUUUUGUGCCAGCUUUGCGCUUCUUAGGGUUAAUAAAAGUGCGCCAGAGUAUUAAAAGUGAAUUAUACCCAUCGUUUACCGAGUGUCAACAAAGCCUCAGAGGUCCAGUCAUUGAGCCACUUGAUUAGCUAGCAUGCUAACUCAAGCCAAGCGCUCACCAACCAACCUGUCAUAAUUGACGCUUUGAUAUAGGUGGCUAUGCGGAAGCCUUUCUGUUGCGUUUGAAAGGAUUAUAUUGUCAUAAAAUAGACAUGGAUGUUUACUCUAUGCUGUAUUUAUCCCCCUUUUGUCCUUACACGUCCUGAGAGCCCUGCAGCUGACGUUAAUUAUGGAUUAUUUGUGUAGUAGCAUCAUGAUGCAGUUGGGUCACUCAGUGUACUUGUGAUCCAUCACCACUCGGCCAGAAAGUAGUUUGUUGUGAUUAUUCAGAGACGACUGUGCAUUUUGGAUGAGCUUGUUUACAAUUUCAUAAAGAUAAAUUACCAGAGAGAAUACCUCACAAUGAGAAGCACACAGAUAUCUGAUCACAAAAAAACACUUUUAGUGCUUAAAAAAACAAGUUGUGACUUUUGAACUUGUGUUUUAGCCCGUCAUGUUCCCCAGAAGCGUAUUAGUUUUGCAUGUUAUCAUAUUUUAAAUGUCUUAUAGAUGGGCCCCUGUUCAUGUAUGAGCCUGUGUUGUAGGGUGUUGUCCUCCAUGUUGGCUUUGUGGUAAGCUGGGCUGGUGAGUGAGUCUUCCAUCUGGCCAUUUUGUGUGCCAGUGGGGGAUGUUGGCUACUGACUUAAUACAAGAACUUGGGUCUUUGGGUAUUACCAGUGUAAAUACAAGGUCAUGAAUGAUAUUGACACAGAUAUUGAUCAGUGUUUUGGCUUAUAAACAGAAAGGGUUCACUGUGUUUUUCCGCCCUCAGCAGAGGUCUUUGUAUUUUUGGCUCAACUUGAUCCUCAAAUUAAUUCAAAACUGUAAAAUAUAGAAAUUCACCUUGUACAGUAACCUGUUUCAGUACAGUUGCAUCAAUGUGGGUUAGUAAUCUGGAGAUUUCUACAUUUAUUUUUGCAGUCUUUGAAGCAGCUGUCUCAAGGCCACGGCUAUAAAAGAAAAAAUGAAAUAAUCAAAUAAUGUGUGCCGUCAAGGAAUGAAUUCAACUCUUUUAAACUUCCACUGACAAAACUAUCAAGGCAACAUUUUUAGUUCAUGACAACCUUCAUUUGUGUAUUUGUUGCUGUUUAGGGUUGGCAGCCUCCAUUUGCUUGUGAUGUCGACAGACUUCACUUUGUCCCCCGGAUCCAGAGGCUCAAUGAGCUGGAGGUGAGUGCUGUUUGUCAGAUUAGAUCAGUGAUUAAUAUUUGACUAUGUCUAUUUUUGUGUGUUUUUAAGUAAUGAAAUAAAAUUUGUUUAUUUAAAUUGAUUUUAUUCCUUUUGAUGUUAUUGGCUCUGCAGCUGCACUGGUUAUACAAAAGCCUAUGAUGCGAUCAGUGCUUAUUAACUCUGUUUUACUGAAAUUUGUAUUGCAUUAAAGUUCCUUUCUCUCAAUUUUAAACCAGAAAUGGAUGAGUUCAUCUGAAACAACAAGUUGCAGUGCCUUUUCUUUUACCCUCCGUCAGCCUGGCUUGAUUAAAUUUUUCCUCGUAAUCGUCCCCUGAGAUUAUUUUGGUUUUUAUUGAAUGCCUUGAAUUCCUUGUCUCAGUUAAUUUUCUUUAAAAAAAAAUCUAUUUAUAACUGUCUGUUGUCUUUUAUUGUGUUUUCCCAGGCUCAGACCAGAGUCAAGCUCAACUUCUUGGACCAGAUUGCCAAAUUUUGGGAUUUGCAGGGAUGUGCCCUAAAGAUUCCCCAUGUGGAGAGAAAGAUCUUGGAUUUAUAUAAGCUGAAUAAAGUUAGUACUUACUGUUACUGUACACGGUUUACAUGCAGUUAAUGACUGCUUUAUUAGAAAUAGUUAUACAGUUAUACAGGUGAUGGUUUUAACUCCUAUUCAGAGUUAAGGGUAAAGAGGGUGGUAUUAUUGUUUGGCAGAGUAGUUUCAAAUGUUCUGUCCCUCUCCUGUAUGUAAAUGGAGAGGAUAAGAUGUCACGCCUCAGUGUAAUGCACACUAUUUAAAUACUAGAAAGUACAACCUGAACCAAAGAUUUGCACCUGAAUAAAUACAUUCUGUAAAAUGUCCUAAAACGACCAAUAUCAUCACUGUACCUCCCUGUUAUUUCAGCUGGUAGCAGAGGAGGGCGGAUUUGACAUUGUGUGUCAGGACAGGCGAUGGACCAAGAUUGCUCUACAAAUGGGAUUCGCUCCUGGCAAAGCUGUGGGCUCACACCUGCGAGGGCAUUAUGAGAAAAUACUCUAUCCCUACAAUCUGUUUCAGAGCGGAGCAAACCUGCUGGUGAGUUGGACACACGCAUCAUUAUGUCAGCCAAACAGAGUGUGGUUCAUUCGCAAACAGAGCCCUAAUAAUGCUUAACUCCAUUUUUUAUUACUACCAAUGAUGAACUUUUGAGUUAAAUGACACGUUUAUCAAACUGGAACGUUUCUGUUAUUGAGAACAUGAUCCCUGUAAAUGAUUCAAGGGGAAGAUCUUUAUAAGAUAAAUUUACACAAAUGCAUUAUUAGGAUAUGCAUGUUAUAUGUUGGAUUGCAGUUGUGUGUUGGAUUGUCUUUUAUAUUUAUUUCAGUUUUGUUUCUUUGGAAGAGUUAACUAAUCAGAUCUGGCGUCUAGCCGUGUCAUUUGGUAGUUUUUACGCUCUAAUCUUUCAAAACAUGUUGCAAAGAGAGCUUAUCCCCCUGUUGUUGGAUUGGUGCUGUGUGACCUCAUGGCCAGGUCACUUUAAAUUGUUUAAUUACCCAAGCUCUCUCUUGCCUCAGGCACCAGAGGCAGCUUCCAAACUGAUGGGUUUGGAGGCUGAUCCUGAACUUGAAAAGGUAUGUUUGAGCCGUGGUCAGAAGCCACUUGGCCUCUUAAUUAACAAACUGCAUGUGAAUCUCUGGCUGUGUGACAGUAUGUUGUAAACUCAGCUUCUCCAUGUUGUAUUUGCAGAUGUGGUGUAGUGAAAAGAUUACCUCAAACAUCUUUUCUUUAGUUUUGAAUCCAAUAUGUGUUGACAUGUAUAUGUAGCUUGAGACAAAUGGACAAUACAGUGUUGCAGAUUUUCUUUCUUCUCCUGUCCUUUUCAAAUUCCACUCUGAUUUUAUAAACAACUCACACACAGCUGCUGCACACAGCAUAAACCAUUCCUUCACUUCCUUAUUGGCAUGUCGCUCCUUUUUUUAGUAUAAUUUUGGUUAAAAUCUGCAACUAACACAUUUUUCUUACGGCCACUUUUGUCCUGUGGCUGUGAAAACUGUUAAUCCAUGAAAGAGUACAUUUCCCUGCCCAUCAUCUGGGUUUGUUAGCUCCUGAUGUGUCAUACAUUUCAUGAUAUAUUGUCCCUGUUGAUAUUUAGUUGCAGUGGUAACUGAAUUUGUAAUCACAUAGGGAAACUCCUUUUAUCGAUGUAGCCAUAGACAGUUCCUGUUUUAGUCACAGAGAUCAUUGAAUUCUUUCUGAUAGUUGCUUGUGACUGUACAGGUAUUUCCAGUUACACGGAUGUUUUUUUAAUAGUGAGUCAUGGUUUUGAUUAGAAUACUCUCUCCUACAGUGUGUUCAGAAGCCAGUUCAGCCAAUGGAGAGCACAGAGAGUAAGGAGAGUUUGGACACUAAGGAUCAAAAGCUGCAGGACCAGGCUCAGAAGCAGCCUGCUCAGACGCCCGAACCUUGCCCCAACGCACGCAGAGCCAAGCGCAUGAAGUGCGAGGUGGGUGUCACAAACACCUGACUCAAGCUGUCUCCAAUCAAGCACACUUCAUUUGUUUGUACACUCAGUCACCGUUGUUGUAGUUUCAAUGCUCACUGCAGUCUCACGCUCCACCCUCUCUGCAGCUUACCUGUGUGAAAACUGAGCCAGGUGAGCCUGGUGAAAGCAAGCCCAACCUGAGGAGGAGGAUGGGGUCUUUUGUAGCCAAGCAGGAACCAGGUGAGGCUACGAGAGUCAAAGUGAACAAAUAUUUCCAUCAGUGCUAAUGUUGUCUUGAUAUCAUAUUUUCACCUCACAAUUAUCACAAUCAAAACAAUCCACAGUGAAAGUAAUAUUGAGAUAUUCAUGGAGAACUUGAGGAAAAAACACUAUCUGUUAUCACUAGUUGCUUUAUCGCUUUGUUUCUAUUAAGGAGGGGCAAGAAGAGGGUAGAGCAGCACAUAAUUUCAUAAGCUAAUGAAUGUAACUUACCAACAGGGAAUUAUUCAUUUCCAAUGACGGCCAUAGUUCUGUUUUUUCUGCGUCAUUGGACCUGCAACAGAAUCAUCUAAUUAAAAGAAAACUUCCUGUCUUCUUGUCACUCAUUCUCCAUGAACACCCUGUCUUUUUACCAAAUAUUAAACUCUCCCACAUUGGCGGUAAACUAUUUUUGAGAUAGAGUCCUUUGCUUUCAUCUCUUCAACCAAACACUGUAGUACAGACUAGCUGGUUAUUAAGUCUUCUGUUUCUGCUGCCUCUUAUUCAUCCUCCCUUAGUUUUAAGUAACCAGCUUAAAGAACUACUACACACCAUACGAUAAACUGACUGGUCACACAGUAUCACUGUUUGCUCCUUUGUAGCCCAAGAUUAAUAUUCCUUCUUUUAAAGACUGUUAUCAUCAAUAACAGUUUAUCACAUCAGCCCUCAUUAAUUUCUUUUGUGUCGCUUUAGCCUUACAUUUGGCAUAAGUGAAAAACUGAUCUACAGGGGAAGUUUUACUCGUUGAUAAGCACUUACUAUUCUUUUGUAACAUUGCCACUUUCGACUACAUUCAAACUUGUUAUAAAGAUGUCAUUAAAUGACAGUAAAAUGUUUAAUACUGUGGGUUAAAGACAGGUGUAUGUACUGUGGAAGUGUUACACUCAGCAUGGCGUAAAAGUUGUUUUCUUGUGUUGCAGAAAAAGAGAUUCCUAUUCUAGUAAAACAGGAACCAGUUGAAAUUAAGGAGCCAAUUAUUGAAGCUGAGAAACCCAAGUCACGGUACAAGAAAUACGUCCCUCCUGUCCUCCCAAGUCCAGUAAGUCCAAGUUUUCUAUAAGCUCCUCUUUUUGGAUGAGAUGCAGCUUUACAAGAUCCCAAAAUUCUUAAAGAAAAAUUAAUAGACUUGUCAGUUUAAGCAUCAUCAGAGGUACAAGCUCAACUUUAAUCUUUCAUCUUCAAACUUGUUUCAAUAUCUUUUUUAUGUUCGUAUUUUAUUCAAGUUUUGUCAUUAAAAACAUGUUUGGUUAUAUGAAAAAAAGUGUCAUGUCUCUCUGCCUCACGAUAAUCUAUAUCGGGUGCAUAGACAAGAUGAACACGAGCACAUUUUAUUACAAAAAAGAGAAGAAACAAAUGCAACAACAUGAACGAUUGACUGGAGGAACAAAGCCUGUAACUGUAACUGAUCGAUUGUUCCUGUGAUCAUCUAUAAAAGACUAUUGUCAUUAUCAGGUGGACAAAAUGAUCAAGAUCUUGUCCAUAUUUUCAGUAACAGUCUGAUAGCAGUAUCUUCAUUUAAAGCUAAGUAGGAAUGAGAAAAAUGAAAGAUAUGAGUGAAUGUUGUUUUCAUUAUUUAUUUCAUAUCCCCCAUAAAAAAAAAAAAAACACUAAACAGGAAUCAAAAACACCUUCAUUGUAUUUUUCUUUCCUGGACUGAGUUGCAGAAAACUGAGUUCUUGAAUCCAAGAAGCACUAAAGACAGAAUGAAACCUGAGUGCUCAGACCACCUCAGGAAGUGGUUUGAGAUGCUCUUCAACCAAAUGUACAGAGGCGUCCUUCUUUCAUUGACGCCUGUUUAGUCUUUCCUUCUCCCACAGUGUAGUUCUGAAAAUUAUCAUAAAGGUUUCUGUAUUUUUUGAUUUUCUUCAAUCCCUGUUGUGAGUCCUCCUGUCAUGUGAACACCAGCAGCUGAAGUUGCUGCAUAAAUCAAAAUUACACUGAAAUUAGCCGUUUGCUCUCUGUCUCAUUAAAGCUACAAGGAAAAAUGGCCCCAGCGAUUCCUACAGAUUCAAUCACAUACCAGGUAAUUUGUCUAAACCAGGAGCUUUUAUUCGACUAAGUGUAAGAAAAGUGUUUUAAAUCUCAUCUGGGCUGUUUCUUGGUAGAAUUGGGAUGUAAAGAGUUAACGGGGCCUUCAUAUUAGACAACAUGUACAAGGAAAUGUUUCUCUUAACUUUGAGGAGAGGUUCCAGUUCAAAAAGGAUCAUUACAGAAGAAAGUCUUUGCUGCUUUGAUGCUCUGUCAGUCACCAUGACUCUGUGCGAGGUUUGUAACCAACUGCUCUCUUUGUUCUCAGGUGGAUUUGGUUGUGUGUCUUGUGUGUGGCAGCGGGGGAGAAGAAGACCGUUUGUUGCUGUGUGACGGCUGUGACGACAGCUACCACACUUUCUGCCUGAUCCCUCCUCUGCACGACGUCCCCAAAGGAGACUGGAGAUGCCCCAAGUGUCUGGCUCAGGUGAAAAUAAACAGCAGUGUCUUUUUUUUUUUUUUAAUAGGAUGCAAAUUGCCUCUCAAGUAAUAAGCUCUGCUAGUUAUCCAAACAACAAGAACAAGUCUGUCUACUCCUCUCUCUGAUAUGUAUUUUCUGACUUACCCUCAGGAAUGCAACAAACCUCACGAGGCGUUUGGCUUUGAACAAGCGUACAGAGACUACUCCCUGCGUGCAUUUGGACAAAUGGCUGAUGCAUUCAAAUCUGAUUACUUCAACAUGCCAGUUCAUGUGAGCAAAACAUUUCUCAUCAUAAAUCUGUCGGUCUCUCUCUCGCUUUGAGUAUUUCAGAUUUAACCUAAUGUCUUCUUCAUGGGUUGGUUACAGAUGGUACCCACGGAGCUGGUGGAAAAAGAGUUUUGGCGUUUGGUUGGAGCCAUUGAAGAGGACGUUACUGUCGAAUAUGGAGCUGAUAUCGCCUCAAAGGAGUUUGGAAGCGGAUUCCCUAUUCCGAAUGGGAAAUUCAAGGUUUCCCCUGCUGACGAGGUAUGCCUCAUCCAUUGAUUUCAUGUUAAACUUAUACUGUAGCUCCCUUUAGAAGAACUAUCACUGGUUGCAACACAGAACCUGGUUAUCAAACCACAUCAAGCGAUACCAAGCGAAACCGUCUACUUCGCUGUAAUGCUUGUGUUGAUAAACUUUGUGUGCUCCUCUUGUGCAAAAGUAUCAAGCACAGCCCUCCUCUACUGUUCCCAAUGGUACUUCAAUGCACCUCUCAAUAUUACACACAUAGAACGACAUGCAAAUCAACUGGGACCCCUCUUCUGAUAUUCCAGCCCUUACUGACUCCUUUAUGUCACAGUAAAGCACUUAGUGCAGCAAACAGGCCCAGCAAAACCCUGAAUUUAUAUCUCACAAUUUGCAUUUUCACUAAGAGGUCUUCUUCUUUUAGAUACGGUGCAGUACACUCCUUCUUAAAUCUCAAUUUUAGUCCUUAUGGCACCUAAAAACAAACCUGUACCAUCCUCCUUUUUGGCAUUCCUCUGUUGAGGUGAUCCAAUCUUAAACUGCAGUGUUUUGGAAGGAGGAGAAGAAGAAGGGAGAUAUUGCACUUAAUGAAAUCUCUCCUAGCCUUGUUUUUUUUUUAUCUGAUUAGAGUAUUAUGACAUUUAUGAAUGUUUUUAUUUGGCAGCUAUUAGGUGUAUGCAAACAGCUUCUUAAAUCACACACAGUCAGAGGGGCACAGAGAUGACUGCAAAGGGAGAGAGAGAUAACAAAAGAUGAAUGAAAUCAGAAUAGAAGCAUUCUAUAAGAACAACAGAAAGUACAACUAAGGUAAAACUUUCGUGUUUUUGACCUGAGUAAAGACAGCUCUCAGUUCGUCAUUUGUAUAUGUUGAUUUAGCUGAGAUCUGCUGGGCUCAUGAUGAGAAUCAGGUAAGGUGCGUUGCUCACAUCAACUGUCUGAGUGGUCUGGUUUGUGAACACGUACACCAAAAAUCAAGCCACUUUGAGGUGGUCACACAGCCUACAUCCUUCCUGCUUGAGGCUCCAGGGUAGGGUGCAGUCUGCUGUUGAAAUGCAAGAACAAUCAGGGUUUAGGGUACCAAAGUGUGCUGAGCUGUAUCAGGCUGAAUUAAUUUUUCUGUGUGUAUUUGUAUUUGUAUUUAUUUAUUUAGCACAAAUUAAAAACAGGGCAGUCAGGGCAGUGAAGACAUAGAGUGCAAACGACAAAGUAACUAUGACAUAGAUAUACAUAUAGGUUAUAAAUAUACAGUGAUUAGGGAAAGGUCAAACAGAUACAAAUUGUCAUAGAUAGAACUCAGACUAAUCAUCAACCACUGAUAGAGACAAUAUAAGUAUUCAUAAAAAUUAAAGAAACAUGAUCAUAACAGAUAAUGACGUGUUUAAGACAUGAUCAGAUGAGAUUUUAAUGAUAUUUUAAAGGAUUUGAGGGAUGAUAUUGAUUUUAGAGAUGCAUCCAGAUUAUUCCAUAGUUUCAGUCCUCUAAAAGUGAUAUUAGACUGAUGACUAGAAGUUCAACAGGAGGGUAACUGAAGAUGGCCAUUUUGUGUGUCUGUGUCUGUGUAUCUUACAUGCUUACAGGCUUUGGUCAAUAAGUUAUCUUUGGUCUUGUGUCUCGUGUUUUGCAGAAAUACCUCAAAUGUGGGUGGAACCUGAACAACCUGGCCAUGAUGAAUCCUUCAGUGUUGACUCAUGUGACAGCUGACAUUUGUGGGAUGACGCUGCCGUGGCUUUAUGUCGGCAUGUGCUUCUCCUCUUUCUGCUGGCACAUCGAGGAUCACUGGAGCUACUCCAUCAACUACCUGCACUGGUACAUAAGAGAGGAAAAGAUCUGAUGCCACUCUUUGGUUUUGGUUCAUUUCAAUCUUAAUAUAAUGUUUUUUUUGUGUGUGUUUACUACAAGGGGGGAGCCUAAAACUUGGUAUGGAGCUCCUGGUUUUGCAGCAGAACAGCUUGAGGAGGUGAUGAGGAAGCUGGCCCCGGAGCUGUUCGAGUCUCAGCCUGACCUGCUGCACCAGCUGGUCACUAUCAUGAACCCUAACACUCUAAUGGCCCACGGAGUCCCAGUAUGUUUCAUGCAGCUUCUUUCACAUUGAUGUCUGAACAUUUUCAGACUAACAGCUGGAUUCUGUAACAUGAUCACUGACUGUAUCGUUUCUCUGCUUUUCAUCAGAUUUACAGAACAAAUCAGUGCGCCGGCGAGUUUGUCAUCACGUUCCCCAGAGCCUACCACAGCGGCUUCAAUCAGGGCUUCAACUUUGCUGAGGCGGUCAACUUCUGCACUGUUGACUGGGUACGCACCUCUACAUGUUGUGCUUUUUUCACGAGUUUAAAACAAUAUCCCCCUUCGAAAUAACCAUCCGUCCCUCUUUGUCACUCCAGAUGCCUCUGGGAAGGCAGUGUGUGGAUCACUACCGUAUGCUGCACCGGUACAACGUGUUCUCCCAUGAUGAGAUGGUGUGCAACAUGGCCUCCAAAGCUGACACACUCGACGUGGUCCUCGCCUCAGCUGUGCACAAGGACAUGGUCGCCAUGAUAAAAGAGGAGCAGACACUGAGGGAGAAAGUGAAGAAGAUGGUAGGACAUUCUUGAUUAUCAUGUCAAUACAACAUUGUACUGUGUGUUGUGCAUUGAUUUUUCUGUAGAGAGCUUCUUCAUGAACACAGUUCUGUUUUUUCCUGCACUCAGUCUGUCCCUGAACUGUGCAAACACGCACAGACAAGAUUUGAUUAAAAUCAUUUUGCUGCAACAUGAAAUGUCUUCGAAGGUUGUGAAAACCUCUCAGAGUAUUCUCCGGGUUAAGAUUGGUUGAUACCUCCAGGCCUCAGGCUUUCCUUGUUCUGUCUACAGAGUAAACACUUUGUCUCCCCUGCUUGUUUCUGCUUUUAACACCUUUGCUGUUGUCUUGCACCCUCAGGGCGUGUUUCUCUGGAAGGAGGCUAAAUACGAUCACCUCCAGGAUGACGAGCGGCAGUGUGUCAAGUGCAGGACCACCUGCUACCUGUCUGCCGUCACCUGCGCCUGUAGCCCAGGACUUCUGGCCUGUCUGUACCACAUCAGCGACCUCUGCUCCUGCUCCGUCUCAAACUACACACUGAAGUAAGUCGCUCUGGGGAUUAACUUUUAAAGGCUUUGUACACAUAGUUGCUGUAUGUCUAUGAAAAUAUAUGAACUCUGCAGCAGAAGUAGAUUUGCAUGUCUUACCGUAGGUGUGUUCCUCCAUACAUUCAUCGCUCUGUUCUGUCUUGCAGCUACAGAUACACACUGGACGACCUGUUCCCCAUGAUGAGCGCUGUGAAGCAGCGAUCCGAGCAGUACGACGACUGGGCCGCCCUCGUUACCGAGACUUUAGAGGCUAGACUGGAAAAGAAAAAAGGUUAGCAGAACGAGCAGAUCAGAGACGAAGUAAAAACUCUCUGCUUUCUCUCUCAACAUGCAGCUGCUGUGUUUAAACAGAUGCAGAUAGACUCUCUUCAGAUGUCAUAAAACUGUUGUGCUCAUCUUAUAGAGAUCAUAAAACACUACGGUAGACUAUGACAAACAUUAGACAGAUGUUGCAGCUGUGUCAUGUAUCAUAUUUAAUUGAUGUUGUUUUAAAAAGAUGGCUCAGUGGAUCAGAUGUCACAGUCUGUUAUGUACAAGAUGCCACAAUCUCUUCAUCUCUUUGUAUCCUAUCCUUGCUUCCUCCUCAUCCUCUCAGGAUAGAGAGACUUAGAGAAAGAAAAGGCUUUGAAAAGGGAAUUCGAGAAAUCAGGAGUUUCAUUUUUCUCACUUCUACAGUUUAGCCAGAGGUGACGAAUCACUUGCAUAGCUGCAGAAAUCUUAGCAGUGGUUGUUUUGGAUAGCAUUCAUUAGUUUGGCAUCUUUUCUUCCCAUGUCUCCCACCUUCAUAUCACAUCUACCUGCUCCGUUUCUGUCUCACACCUCUGGUUCCUUGUGACUGUAAAGAAAUCACGCAAUAUUGUCCCGUCUUAAAAGAUCUGUGAAGUGAAUGUUACAACAAACAUCAUCCCUGUGGCUAAAAAUAAAGAAGAACAAGCAGACGGGUUAUUUAAACUGUGAAUUUUAUGUAACCCGUCUGGCUGUGAUUUAUCUGAUGUUCUCUCCUCAGGUCUGCCGGUGUUUCGCUCCCUUCUUGCUGAAUCAGAGUCCAGCCUGUUCCCCGACAAUGACCUGCUGCGUCGGCUACGUUUGGUCACACAGGAUGCGGAGAAGUGCGCCUCUGUGGCACAGCAGCUUUUAAAUGGAAAGAGGCAGACCAGGUAGGAUUAAUACACUCCUCUACUUUAUCUGAUGGCUUUAUAGAUUAGCUGUCUUUACAUUUCCCUGUGUGUUUUCUUAAGUCAGGAAAUCUUAUUAGUGCCUUAAUGGGGUUCACUUUUUUUAAUUCACCGUACUCUCUCCCUCAGGUAUCGCUGUGGAAAUGGCAAAUCGUGCAGCCAGCUGAGUGUUGAGGAGCUGAGUUCGUUUGUGAGGCAGCUGUAUAACCUCUCCUGCAGUCUCCCUCAAGCCCCUCUGUUAAAGGUGACCAACAAAAAAUGAAUAUUUAAUCAAAUUUACACCAAACCCAGCUCAUUCCUUCAUAAUCGUACACAUUGUGUUGACUCACACGGCAGAUUUCGAACAGCCUCUCCACAUGAUACAGCCUGUGACUUGUUUGCUCACACUCUGCUGAUGAACUGACGGCUCUCAAUGUGGAAAUCCAGACAAUUCAGAGGGCAACGGUGUGGUCCAAAACAGAAAAACACGGCAUUUCUUUAUGUAGUUUAAUAAGUACAGACAGUAUUUGGUCAUAAUUGGAAAACUGUGAACUCAUUCUUAGACUUCACUCUGCUGUGUGACUGACAACGACGUGUAUGAGCUGGAUAAGCCUCAGUCUGACAGCCUUCGUGUGAGACUGUUUUUUUUUUUCUUUUUAGGAACUCCUGAAUCGCAUCGAAGACUUCCAGCAGCACAGCGAGAAGGUCCUGGCUGACGAAGUCCCCAGCGUGGCUGAGAUCCAGAGCCUGUUAGACGUCAGCUUCGACUUUGACGUGGAGCUCCCCGAGCUGCCCCGCCUCAGAGUGCGGCUGGAGCAGGCACGCUGGCUGGAGGGGGUGCAGCAGGCCAGCGCUCAGCCUGCCACCCUGACUCUGGAGACCAUGAGGAGACUCAUCGACCAGGGGGUCGGCCUGACCCCUCAUUCAUCUGUGGAGAAAGCCAUGGCUCGCCUGCAGGAGCUGCUGACUGUGUCCGAGCACUGGGAGGACAAAGCCAGCAGCCUGCUGAAAGCGAGGUGAGGGCAGCACUGAUGAUGAUGAUGUUAGCGUGUGAAGAUGUCAGGAAGUUGUUUUUGUAUCACAGGGAUUUGUGAUGAUUGUUACUGCUGUGUUAUUCCUCAUUAGUUCUCCUCAUUUUAAUUCCAGCUGGUGCAAAACACUGCUGCUGAAAUAUUCAACAAAAUGAGCUUCAUAUUCAGUCCAACUCUGUCUCUUUACUCACUCUCAUUUGUGCUCAUCAAACUCUCCCUGCUGUGCCACUGAUCUACAAAUAUUCAUCUCUUAUUUGGUACCAGAAAAGUUGACAACUCUCGCUACAACAUUUCUGUUUCAAAGAAUUAAAAAUGUUUAGUUCUAAGCUUCUUCAGCAGCUCUUGUCUGUGGUGGAUGUAAGUUUAAUAUCUGAUGUCAUAUGUCGUGUUUUCCUCCUUCCUUCACAGACCUCCACACUCCAUAGAGACUCUUAGUGCUGCUGCUGAGAAAGCUUCUGGUAUCCCUGCUUACCUCCCAAACUGUCUCCUCCUGAAAGACACCAUCAGGAAAGCUCAAGAGUGGCUCCAAGAAGCUGAGGAACUUCAGGUGAGCUCACUUGGAAAGAUAAUUACAGUUCAUUACCUAUUGAGCUGAAUACAAUUCAGAUUUUAACACUGAAAAAAAACUUUUAUUUAUUCAGGCCAGUGGUUGCAUCCUGAUGAUCGACAGCCUCUCUGACAUGGUGCUGCGAGGACAAGCCAUCCAGGUCCACCUGGAGCCUUUAGACCGGCUCGAGUCUUCAAUGGUGGAAGUGCAAGAAUGGAGGGAAUCUACAGCUGCAACUUUCCUCCCUAAAGACUCGGCCCUCACCUUACUGGAGGUAACAAUCCAACAAAUAACUCAAAACAUAAGUCAGCGCAUGGUGUCGGCUCAUUGUGGCUCCUUUUCGGUUUCUGAAAAUGUUUGAGAGGAGAUUAAUUUACUAUUUUAAACAUUUGGCUUCUUUUGCUGAGUAUUUAUAGAACAUUAUCAGUAAACGUUGAUUGGCUAACACUUACUUUAAAACUGUACUCAGAAGACAACUCUCCUAUCUCUGUAGUGACUUUUUAAAAUGUAAAUAAUCUGUUUUCACACCAUAGAAAUCAAACAAAAUAUUCAUCCUGACAGAGAACUGAGAGAGUAAAGAGACUAUCUGCUUAUUCCACCUCUUUUCUUUUCUACUCUUAUUCCUACAGAAUAUUUUUUGAUCUAUCAGAAACCUGGUAACUGAGGAUUUAUAUCAUUAAUUGGCAGCUUUGAUGUGCCUCUGAGGGCCUGACCUCAGAGCACAUAUCUGAACAUCUGCUCUGUGUACGUCUGACAGUUGUUUUUUACCCGACACAGGUCCUGUGUCCACGAUGUGAAGUUGGAAAUAUUGGCUCUCCAAAGAGGAAAGCGAAGAAAGGGAAGGAAUCGCCGAAAAGUAACAAAAAGAAAACGCCACGCCUCAAAACUCUCAGCGAUGUGGAGAAAGUUCUUUCGGAGACUAAGGAUUCUACCUCUGCAGUGAGUGUUGUUACUCUUAGACAGCGAUCGCAACAUAAGAUUCAAAACUUAAUUCUCACUGCAGAGCUUUCUUGACCAUCUUUUUUUCACCAGAUGGAGACUCUGGAGGAGCUGCGCGUGAGGGAGAUGGAGGCUUUCUCAAACCUCAGGGCAGCAAACGAGUCUAAGCUCCUCCCCACGGCCGACUGCAUGGACCUGAAGGUGUGUGUCUGUCAGAAGGCGCCCAUGGGUGCGAUGCUACAGUGCGAACUCUGCAGGGACGCCUUCCACAGCGUGUGCGUCAGAGACUCCUCGGACUCCUGCGAAACACAGCCAUGGCUCUGCCCGCAGUGCCAGCGAUCAGACAAACCCCCUCUGAACAAAGUCCUCUCUCUACUGGCCUCCCUGCGGCGGUUGGGGGUGCGACUACCGGAGGGCGACGCUCUGCACUAUCUGGUAGAGAGGACAGUUAACUGGCAGCACCAAGCACAGCAAAUCUCACAGCCUUGUAACCUCCUCGAUCUGGAAGAGAGACCAGGAACUCCUCCAACCCUCACCCGCUGGGACAACAACUCUCAGGUCACUGCUCUUCUCCUCCUGACUCUUUUUGCAGCUCUUGGUUCAGACUUUUUUUAGAGGUAUUAACCUUGAGAAUGUUUUUGAUACAGGCUCCAUGUUUGACUCCAGAGUGGAAUAGAACAAGCCAUGCUCAGACCGUCUUCUACACCGAGCAGAGGUGCAUCCCGCUGCAGGGUCAGUGUCAUCUCAGCCCAAACAACGGAGAAUUCGCCACAAGCGGCUUAAGAUUCGAAUACUAUUAACGUUCACGUUCUGGUAUAUUUUCUGUGCGACAGGUUUGAGUCGGGACCUGGAGGAGCUGAUGGUAGAUGGACUCCUGUUGCAGGUGUCUCUGCCUGAGGUCCAGAGCCUCUACCACACUUUACUGGACAGAGCCAGCAGCCAGCACACAAACACAUGCAUGUCGCCACCACAGAGCGAGUCCACAGACUGUGACCAGCACAUGCAGUUCAACUCUCAGGGAAAAAAUCAGCCUCUCAUCCAGGUACAAACCCUACAGCCAAAUGAAGUGAUUAACAGAAACGCUUUAGUAUCAGGUUUAAUCAGUCUGUAAUGUGUUUUUUCAGGACGGCAUCAGCAGUGUGGUCGGCUCAGAAAAGAAAUCAAAGCGGCAGCUGGAGAGGGAAAGUUUGGACACAGAGCACAGAGAGAAGGUCAAAAAGCACUCUCACAAAAGACAGAAGAUGAAUAAGAAGAACCUGCAGCGCAGGCAGACCUCCACCUCAUCCUCUCCACGCUCUGACUUCUCCCAGUCUGAUGACUCUGACGAGGAGAUGGCCGUGUGUCCGGCAGAGAGAUGUCAACUACCAGAGGGGGAUGAGGUGAGAGACAUUCAUGUGGAAACCUUACAUGUCAUGGUUUGGGCUUGUUUCUGUGAUCAAAUGGCCAAAAAAGAAAUCAUUAAUCACAGGUUUAAGUCAUUUUUGGUGAAAGUAUCUUUGUGUGUUUCCUGCAGGUGGAUUGGGUCCAGUGUGACGGCAGCUGUAACCAGUGGUUUCACCAGGUCUGUGUCGGCGUCACAGCCGAGAUGGCAGAAAAGGAGGACUACAUUUGUGUCAGGUGUACGAUGAACGAUGGACACAUGAGUAAAUGAAGAGUUUUUUUUGUUUCCUGAAGGACGGCUGAAGAUUUCCGCCUGGUCGUCAGUCCGUUUUAUCGAGCCACCAGUCUGGAUGUGUCACUGAUCCUGUACUCCCCCCUCACCCCUCCCAUCCCGUCCUGACCUGUCUGUCCGAUCCUUUUGUAAUAACGGUGCUAUCUCCUCUUUGACCUGUUGUCCAGAACUAUAAUGUUUAGUUAUUUUUUUGUAUUUUUACAUAUAUAUAUUAUAUAUAUUUCUUUCUUCUUAUGAAAUGUUUGUGGUUGUCUAAAUGAAAAAAAAAAACACAGGAUGUGAAGUGUGCUGCAUGGGAUUCCAUUACAUCAGCGCAAAGGAGUCUUACAACACGACACACCCCAGUAUGGAGGGUAAAUCGAGGGUUAAUAUUAUCGUCUCUGGGACCUCCUUGCAUGUUAAACCAGAGCUGACGGGACAGAUGUCAGAGUUUUCAUACACUUUCCCCCCGGAAAAGACUAUUACCGUUUUUUUCUUUGAAAUCCAGUGUUUAGUACAUGCAUCUUAAUAAUAUAAUGAUCCCUUUUUUUUUUCUUUUGUUUUUGUAGAAUAGGUUUAUUUAUCUGAGCAAUAAUUUUUGUCUAAAUUGACUUCAAUGGCUUGAUCUCUGCAGAGUUGUGUUGGUGCUUGAUAAUGAUGUACAGAAAGCUGCGCAGGUGGAUAGACUACAGCGGUAGAGAGGCGAUGUAACACAGACAGAGACGCUGCUGCUGCUGCUGCCAUGUGCUCCCACAGAGUGUGACCCAGCAGAGAGCUACAGAGGGAAGGACCUGGGUUUAGCUGAAGAUGUUACAAGUUUAUAUUGUGGAAUAAAGCCCUUUUGUUCUAUGGAGAAG